AUCACUCUUCUAUCGUCAUUGCUGCCAUCCGGCUCAUUUUCCUAUCCACAGCAGCCGCAGUCUGCCUCGACAGACACCGAAGUGAAAUCGACGACACCGCUGGCGAUCCUUUCGUCAGCGGAAGAAGUCAUUUGUGAUUGCCGUAAAAGUGUUGUGAUUUCUGAAGCUAACGACGACGACGACGAGGACGUCCUGCCACCUCCAGAAGAACACUAUUCUGAGCAGCCGUUGGAGGAGGAAACAGACGGGAAGGUGCGUCAUUUCCUUUUAGUCAUCGAUCUGUGUUACGAGGACAAACAGAUGCGUCAUUUCAUCUACACCCCCGUCUUUAUGGCAUAUUUUUCAUCUUGGGUUUCGAAGGAAAUUUUAAAUUUGCAUUUUUUUCUAAAUUCCAGGUCUAUUGACGUCCUCACCUCAUUCAUCUUUUUCCGUACCCAUUAUUACUUAACUUUCUUUUUAUUCGAUUUUUUUUUGCAUUCUUGCACCAUCGCAUGGCUUUACUUCACCUUGGCCCUAUCUGUUUAUCAACCUCGAUUUUUAGAGGUAUUUAAAGGAUAUUUUUGA